GCUAAGAACAUCCGUAUAUUUUUCGUCGAUUUCAUUGUACGAUCAAUUGUUUAUGCCAUUUUCGUUGACAGAAGCUUGUUAGCGUAGAAAUCUAGCACCCAUAGUUUCUACAUCAGACUUUUGCUUCUCGGCUUCAUGAUUUCUGAUGCAGAAAAGAUGUGGAUCCACUUUGUUCUCUUCUCGUGACCUACUUUCUCAUUUUGUGGUUUUGGGUUUCUGCAACUGUUGGCAUUUAUAUAUAGUUCUGACCAGAUCAUCUUAAUUUUGACGCAUUGCUGAAAAUCACUUCUUCAAAUAUGUCAGGGAUAAACGAACAGGGUUUCGUUACUUCCGAUCGCAAAUAACUGUGGUGGAGUAAAGAAUUUGAUCAAGCGGUACAUUAUGGCAUCGUCACCGUCGGCGACAGAAGAGGAAGAAACCUAUAACUCUUCUUCGUCUGUUAAAUUUGGUACUGCUGAGGCCCUUGAACACGUCCAAGAGCUCACAGAUGUUGGAGCCAUGACUCGUCUCCUUCAUGAGUGCAUUGCCUACCAGCGUGGCCUAGAUCUCCAACUCGAGAACAUCCUCUCCCUCCGCCCCGAUCUUGACAAGCAUCUCUCUUUCCUCCAGAAAUCUGCCGAUGUCCUUGACAUUGUGAAAGCCGAGUCCGAUCACAUGCUAUCCAAUGUUGAUUCCACUUGUAUUCUCGCCGAUCAGGUUUCCAGCAAGGUCCGUGAACUCGACCUUGCUCAAUCUCGCGUCAAUGAAACCCUCCUUCGCAUAGAUGCCAUUGUAGAAAGGUCCAACUGCAUUGAUGGCGUUCAAAAGGCCCUGGAUAACGAAGACUUUGAGUCAGCCGCUAAUUAUGUCCAAACCUUCCUCCAGAUAGAUGCAAAAUACAAGGAUUCAGGUGCAGAUCAGAGGGAGAUGCUCUUUGCUUCUAAGAAACAACUCGAAGCAAUUGUUAGGCGAAGACUAUCAGCGGCUGUGGACCAGAGAGACCACCCCACUGUCCUUCGUUUCAUCAGGCUUUACUCGCCUCUGGCUUUGGAAGAAGAAGGAUUACAGGUCUAUGUUAGUUAUUUAAAAAAGGUGAUAUCUUUGAGAUCUAAACAUGAAUUUGAGCAGUUGGUGGAACUCAUGGAGCAAAAUCAGAGCCAGGUAAAUUUUGUUGCCUGUUUGACCAAUUUGUUUAAAGAUAUCGUGCUAGCAAUCGAAGAGAAUGAAGAGAUAUUGAGGAGUUUGUGUGGAGAAGAUGGCAUUGUCUAUGCAAUCUGCGAGCUCCAAGAAGAGUGCGAUUCUAGGGGUUCUUUGAUAUUGAAAAAGUACAUGGAGUUUCGUAAGUUGUCCAAAUUGACGUCUGAGAUCAAUUCUUACAAGACCGAUUUGACCGCUGCUGGGGAUGAAGGCCCGGACCCAAGGGAAAUUGAGUUGUAUCUGGAAGAAAUAUUGUCACUUACACAGCUGGGAGAGGACUACACCGAAUAUAUGGUUUCAAAGAUAAAGGGGCUGAGUCAUGUCGAUCCAGAAUUGACUCCUCGAGCCACUAAAGCUUUUAGGAGUGGGAAUUUUAGCAAAGUUAUUCAAGACAUAACUAGUUAUUAUGUGAUCUUGGAGGGAUUCUUCAUGGUGGAAAAUGUCAGGAAGGCUAUUAAGAUUGAUGAGCAUGUAAUGGACAGCCUCACAACGUCCAUGGUUGAUGAUGUGUUUUAUGUUCUACAGAGUUGCUGUCGUAGGUCGAUAUCCACUUCCAACAUUAAUUCUGUUAUUGCUGCAUUGAGCAGUGCUGUAAGUUUGCUGGGUGGUGAGUAUAACGAUGCUUUGCAGCAGAAAAUGAGGGAGCCCAACCUUGGAGGAAAGCUGUUCUUGGGUGGUGUUGGAGUGCAGAAGGCAGGAAUCGAUAUUGCUACUGCCUUGAAUAACAUGGAUGUGAGCAGUGAGUAUGCCCUGAAACUACGACAUGAGAUUGAAGAGCAAUGUGCUGAGGUAUUCCCUGCUCCAGGUGAUAGAGAAAGGAUCAAGUCGUGUCUAUCCGAGUUUGGAGAGAUGAGCAAUGGGUUCAAGAAGGCCUUGGUUGCUGGGUUGGAGCAGCUUGUAGGUACCAUGACACACCGAAUCCGUCCAGUUUUGGACAGUGUGGCAAGCGUUAGUUAUGAGCUCUCUGAGGCGGAAUAUGCAGAAAACGAGGUGAAUGACCCAUGGGUUCAGAGACUUCUUCAUGCUGUCGAGACCAACACGGGAUGGCUCCAGCCCGUGAUGACGGGCAACAACUAUGACUCUUUUGUUCAUUUGGUAAUCGAGUUCAUCGUAAAAAGGCUUGAGGUCAUCAUGAUGCAAAAAAGGUUCAGUCAGCUUGGAGGUCUGCAACUGGACAGAGAUGUGAGGGGUCUAGUGAGCCAUUUCUCGGGCAUGACCCAAAGAACGGUGAGGGAUAAGUUUGCUCGGCUAACCCAAAUGGCAACGAUUCUGAACCUGGAGAAGGUUUCGGAGAUUUUGGACUUCUGGGGUGAAAACUCAGGACCCAUGACCUGGAGACUAACUCCAGCUGAGGUGAGGAGAGUUUUAGGCAUGAGGGUUGAUUUCAAACCAGAGGCAAUAGCUGCUCUUAAAUUGUGAUCACCAACUUGGCAUAAACAAGGGUUCAAUUUGUUUGUUUUUAUUGAAAAGAAAAGCAGAAUCUCUUUCUAUUCAGAAUGUUUUUUUUUAAAUCUAAAAGAGAAAUUUAUGGACUCUGGUGGAUGUGAAGA